AAACUUCUAGUACAUCACACAGCGUCAAAUUGUGCCCUGUGUUGAUGGACUAUUAUUGUGCUUGCGCUCCUUCAAGAAUCACGGAAAUUUCCGUUGAACUUCAUGGCGCAGCUGAUAUCGAUGGAUUGGGCGCCAAUGCCUAAUGCCUGGAAGUUAUGGUAUAAAGUGGUAUAAAGACGAUCCCCCAGGAAUGUAACUCCAGUUUAACAAUCCGAUAUUCCACGAUGCGUAGCUCCACUCCAACUCAGUUUCAGUCUUCGAGGACAACAAUUUCGAGUAGCACACACUCUAACUCCGCCGCUUUCGGCACUUCGAUGCCAGAAGCUCGUUUGGCGUCCUAUCAGCAACGUCCGUCAUACCAAGCCCCAAGACCAGCACAGUACGAGACCUCCCAGUACACGAAGCCAGUGCAUGAAUAUGGACGAUCUCCCGCAAGCUCGUACCCGCCUCCAUUGCCAGCAUUCGGCAAUGAUUCAACAACCGCCCCCACCAGGCACAAGAGCAGCUGGCUUGACGAAGCUAGGGAAAGCACCGCUAAUUUUAAGAAGCAUGGCUCGCCUGUACCGCUUGUGUGGGUCUUAAUAGAGGAUAAAUCCAUUCCGCCGAACGCUGUCCCUUUUGGCGAAGACCGCAAUGGACAAACGACCUUCAUUGCACGUGCUUAUUUGGAGGGAGGUCUCCAUCUCGGAAAGGUUGGCCACCACACCUCAGGUGCCUUGAUCAGCUACGUUGGCAAGGAGCACUUGAUUGAAAAAUACGAGGUUCUGGUAUGCGCGUCUCAGCUUCGCUGGGGUCUGGCAUCCCAGGAUGCGACUGGAAGUUUGGUUCCGGGUACUGUCGUCCUGGCUCGUCAGCAGCAAGGGAGACAGGAGAUCAGGCGCACCGCAAGCACUCUGUGGUCGCGUGAGAGUCGGGAGACUAGGGAGACUCGAGAAACCACAUCGGUCCUCCAGACUACUCUCCACGUAGACGACAUACCUCGCUUUAUUCCCCCUCUUGUGAUACAAGAGGAAGAACUGCGACGCGUGGCUGAGUACAAGACCGUUAUUCUGAUCGAUGAUUCCAUCUCAAUGACCGAAGGUGAUUCUUGGAGCCAAGUGCGGGAGGCUCUAGCUGGCAUCGUCGACCUUGCCAUACAAUAUGGAUCUAAAGGGCUUGAUCUCCACUUCAUGCACCAACAUCAGUUUGCCGAAAAUAUGAGGUCCCGGUUCGAAGUCCAGAAACUUUUUGACCAGCUCAGUCCCAAUGGCGAGGACACUCCGACGGGAGCGAGACUCGAACAGCUCAUUGAGAUGUACUUGCCACUCAUCGAGCAUCCGAGCUCGACUCACGAACCGAUUUCUAUCAUUGUCAUUACUGAUGGAGCUGCUACUGACGGUGAAGAAUUAUUGCGAUCCAUCAUCGAGGCCGCCAGUCGCCUUGACAGGCAGCAGGUUCCUCUCGAUAAAUUCGGUAUCCAAUUCGUCCAAAUCGGCACAGACCAAGAAGCUGCAAGGGCGCUCCAAGUGUUGGAUGACGAGCUGUCUGACCGUUACAAAAUUCGGGACAUCGUCGACGCCACUCCCUUUGACCCUGCUAAUGGCGCGUUCAACACGGAUUACAUGAUCAAGAUCCUCAUUGGAAGUCUGCACAAAGAACUAGACAAUGGGACCGCUGAACUCCUCUCACCAGAGAGGAAACCCCAAAUGAUGGUGAUGCCUGCAUUUGACAGACACCCAUCUCCUGUUCCGAGGUCUGCCUCUCCGCAUAUGCCUACUAGUGGCCUACGCGCGCGAGGAGGGUAUUGAAGGGGAGGAUGGGACAAAUAUGCACGGUUUAUGAUAUAUUCCAAGCCACAAUUCCAUUACGCUGUGUACAACUUCUCAAUAGGCUGCGAACUUGAUUUGGUAUCUGUUAAAGUCCAUUGGUCGAAAUUGAAAUAUUGCCUCAUGUCAGUGAAAUGCCAGGCUAGGAGCGAUGCUCGUCAUGUAUGUAGAAAUGCAACAAAGGCUAGGAGAGAUCAUUGUCUAUCAAGGCUGCAGACAAUGGGCCGAUUGAAGUUGUGAACCG